CCGGAAACGUUACUUUUGCCGAUAAGCAAAUUGUAAAUAAACAAAGCAAGGAAUAGAAUCAUCCAAAAAGUGAUCAAAACUCUUGAACAUAGAACUAAAAAAAUAUAAUUUUAGCUCUCACUUUUUUUUUCACAAAUUGAAAAGCAAUCGGAAAUGCCUAAUGUCUCUCAAUACGGACUGGAAAAGUCAUAAAACAAAACGUUCUUUUAUUUUUUAUGGGAAUAAUUUAUUCAAAAAGUUAGACUGUUUUAAAAUUGAACUAAGCGAAAUAAAUAUCAAAUAUAAAACAUUAAAACAAUUCUCAAGUUUAGAUCUUACUCCAUAUUCUAUAAUUAAAGGAAUAUUUAUUGGAUGGUCUUUCUUGUUAAUUAAAAUUAAUGAAGGGACAUACCACUGUGGUUUUUAUGAAACAGCUAAUGAAGAAUCUCACCCCCGUAAAAUCUUUUCUGGUGUACAUGACUUAAGCUGCAGUCUAAGCGAUUCUUAUAUCAUAUCCGAAACGUUGGACUUAUAUCAUGUUUCGCAUCCUGAUUUCGUUGUUAAUAAAAUCGAUAUACAAGAUAAGAAGUUAGAUCGAAUUGCUACUGAAGAUUUAUAUACAAUUGCUUUAACAACAGAGGGCAAAGUUUUAGAUAUUAAAAAAACAGAAGAAAUUCAAGUGACAUUAAUAGAUUUACCUUUCAUUAUUAAUCAAGUUGCAUGUGGUAAAGAACAUGUAUUGCUACUCUCUAGUUCUGGUGUGGUGUUAAGUUAUGGUUUUGGAAGCCGUGGUCAAUUAGGGCAUAAUAACUUACAUAAAUUGGAGAAACCUGUGAUAUUAGAAGCUUUAGAAGGCAUAGAAAUUAUAGCCAUAGCUGCUGGAGGUUGGCACUCAGCAGCAAUAAGUUCAAUUGGUGACUUGUACAUGUGGGGUUGGAAUGAGAGUGGUCAGCUUGGUCUUCCUUGUCCUAAACUUGAGGGAAAUAGAUCCUCUUCAGAAAUCUAUACAGCUUGCUAUCUUCCAAAAUUAAUAGAUCUAGAUGACAAAAAAGUCACAAAAAUAUCUUGUGGCUCUCGACAUACAGCAGCUAUAACUGAAGAUAAGCAGCUGUGGACUUGGGGCUAUAAUAAUUGGGGUCAAUUAGGAAAUAAAAACUGUUUAUUCAAUGAUACGCCUGAAAAAGUUUCUCUUCCUAAAAAUUUUAUUGUUCAAAACGUAAAAUGUAAGUUUUGGGAUACAUUAAUUGAAGGUUGCAUAGAAAAAUAAAUAUUUGUUUUACUACA